GAUUUGAAACAUUGCCGAUACCAUUGGGAAGGACAUGCUGACUUCGUCUUCAUCGAAAGCCGGAAUAAAAUUGCAUUAAAAGAUGGUGAAAGUGAAGGUUCUGAGUAGAAAUCCAGAUGAUUACGUCCGAGAAACUAAGCAUGAUAUACACAAAGUUCCUCGUAAUUACGACCCAUCCCUGCACCCAUUUGAGGCACCAAGGGAGUAUAUGAGAGCUUUGAAUGCUACCAAAUUGGAGAGAGUGUUUGCAAAGCCUUUUCUGGGGUCACUGGAAGGUCACACCGAUUCUGUUCAUUGCCUCAGAAAACAUCCAACCAAUUUAUCAACUGUGGCCUCAGGUGGAUGCGAUGGCACGGUCAGACUUUGGGAUCUCUCGACAAGAGCAUGUCAAAGAACUAUCAAUGCACACAAAGGUUUCGUGAGAGGGUUGUGUAUGGAUAAGACUGGCCAGUUCUUAUUCACAGUCGGAGAUGACAAAACAAUCAAGAAAUGGAGGACGUUCCAGAGAAUGAACGACACAAGCCAAGAACCUUUGAAUACCAUUAUUGGGAAGAAUAUGUUCAUCUCAAUCGAUCACCACUGGAAGGAUUCUACUUACGCUACAUGCGGGUCAAAGGUCGACAUCUGGGACGAGACGCAUGCUGACCCCAUCAGAUCAUACUCAUGGGGGUCGGAUAGUAUACACAGCAUCAAAUUCAACCCAGUCGAGACGUACAUGCUGGGUAGCUGCACGCAGGAUAGGAACAUCAUUCUGUACGACAUGAGAGGGGCGGCACCACUCAGGAAGGUCGUCAUGGAGAUGAGAACAAACACAAUUGCCUGGAAUCCGAUGGAGGCUUUCGUUUUCACUGCAGCUAAUGAAGAUUAUAACUUAUACACAUUUGACAUGAGAAUGUUAAAGACUGCCCUCAAUGUUCACAUGGACCACGUCUCGGCGGUUGUGGACGUAGAUUACUCACCGACAGGCAAGGAGUUUGUGACUGGCAGCUUUGAUAAGACCAUCCGGAUCUAUGCUGCGGAUAAAGGGCACAGUCGUGAGAUAUACCAUACCAAACGCAUGCAACAUGUAAGCUGUGUAAGGUGGAGUCUUGAUAACAAGUACAUUCUCAGUGGAUCCGAUGAGAUGAAUAUCAGGAUAUGGAAGGCCAACGCAUCAGAGAAACUUGGAAAGCUGAAUCGAAGAGAAGAGGCUUCCACCCUGUACAAUUCCAAACUAAAAGAGAAGUUCCAGCAUCAUCCUCAGGUUAAGAGAAUCAGCAGACAUCGUCACGUACCUAAUAUGGUCUAUAAGGAGACCAAGACAAUACGCAUACAGAAGGAAUCAAGAAAACGAAAGGAGCACAACCGAAGAAAACACAGCAAGCCAGGAACAGUGCCAUUUAAAGCAGAAAGGAAGAAACAUAUCCUAUCAGAAGUUGAAUGAUCAGAUGCUCUCUUUGACAUUUAUUUCUCAUUUUUGUGAACAUUAUGCACAUAAUGCCUGCUUUAUAGCGUAUUCCACGCUAGCGCCCUGCUUUUACAAAGGAUUGUGAUUGAUCCAAUCAGUCUCACGUAUGGAAAGCCAGCCACACCAUCAUUCCAGGCUAGGGCCCUGUUUUACAAAAAAGUGUCAGUCCCAACUAUGGAAAGCCAGCCACACCAUCAUUCCAGGUUAGGGCCCUGUUUUACCAAGAAGUGUGAUGGAUCCAAUCAGCCCCAACUAUGGAAAGCCAGCCACACCAUCAUUCCAGCCUAGGCCCCUGCUUUUACAAAGGAUUUUCAUCGAUCAAAUCAGUCUCAACUAUGGAAAGCCAGCCACACCAUCAUUCCAGCCUAGGCCCCUGCUUUUACAAAGGAUUUUCAUCGAUCCAAUCAGUCCCAACUGUGGAAAGCCAGCCACACCGUGAUCUAAAAUUCAUCUGCCAUUUCAGUGAAUCAUUUCAGCGACAUUUAUCAACAAGUCAUAGCUGACAAUUUUCCUUGUUUUUGAUUGGCAGAGAAGGACCAGUGUCUGAUUGUUUCUUACUCUCUGAUUGAAUUAAUUAAUUUAGUCAGAUCUGACAAGUUCUAUACAAAGAACUAUGGUGUAGUUUGCUUUCCAUAAUAUUUAAGACUGAUGAUAACAAUCACACUUAUUUGUGAGAUGAUGCCCAGGACAUUCUAUUCAAAUUAUUUGAAAAGCUUCCACUAUUUGAAUAUCCAUCUUGGAGGGAAUAGUGAUACUAAUGUUCUGAUACAAGAGAUACCAAGUUUUAUGUUUUUUCCUGUAUUUUUUAUAUUUUUUGAUGAAAUACUGCAGGUUUUAAUGAAAACUAAUUAUCAAUCAAAAUAUUAUCAUAUACAUAGAGCGGCCAACCAUAUUUAAACAAAAAAUAGUAUUUGUUAUGAAAUUAUGACUAGAAUAUAAAAUACAAAAGGACAGUCUAAACCUACGGGUAAUCUAAAAAGGAAUUGAUGGAAAGGGGGAGCAAAGUAAAGUAUGUUGUAUUUUGAUUCCUUGAUAUUCACCUUUUGAUUCAUUUAUUCGUUAACAUGUUGUGUGGUGACUUUAGUGAUUUUUAUUCAUAAUAGAGUAAUAAAGAGUACUUCAGAUUAUUAUAUGUAAAGACUAAAGAGAGAAUUCACUGUGAAUCAUGUAGGUGAUAUGAAAGUGUGUGAGAAAAAAAGAUGUAAAAAGAAAGAUGCAUAGAUGAAAGGGAGGGAAAGAGGGUGAGGGCAAAUAUGAAAGAAUUUUAUGUAACUGUAGGCCUACAGUACCAGGGCCCCGUCUUACAAAGAGUUACGAUUGAUCUAAUCAAUCGUAACUCUAUGGAAAUCCAUCAGUGUCCUAAUUUUUUCUACAGGAAAUUUGUAAAAUGUCCUUUGUAAACAAAGGAGAACACCAAAUUGUUAAGAAAUCAAUGAAUUUAUGGAUAUACAUUCAUAUCUAGAAAAAUUGUUGAACAAACAAGCAUUUUAUAUGUUGACGUUGCUGGCUGUCCAUAGUUUCGACUGAUCGAAUCAAACGCAACUCUUUGUAAGACGGGGCCCAGAUCUAGAUGAAUUUAGAGACAAUUAAACUUGGUUUAACCAUGGACCUAGGUCCAUGGUUUAACAGACUUUCUCAUGAAA